AUGGCGACAGUGGUGAUGGAGCAGAUCGGUCGCCUGUUUAUCAACGCUCAGCAGCUGCGACAGAUCCCUCAGCUGCUGGAGUCGGCCUUCCCCACGCUGCCUUGCACCGUGAAGGUGUGCGAUGUACCCUGGGUGUUCCGCGAGCGUCACAUCCUCACCGGCUACAGGCAGCCGGACCACAGCUGGCGCUACUACUUCCUCACCCUCUUCCAAAGGCACAAUGAGACCCUCAACGUGUGGACCCAUUUGCUGGCUGCCUUCGUCAUCUUGGUGAAGUGGCUGGAGAUCUCCAUGACGGUGGAUUUUUUGCGAGACCCUCACGCUCAGCCCCUCUUCAUUGUCCUCCUGGCAGCCUUCACCUACCUCUCCUUCAGCGCGCUCGCUCACCUCCUCUCUGCAAAGUCUGAGCUCUCCUGCUACAGCUUCUACUUCCUCGACUACGUGGGGGUGGCCGUCUACCAGUAUGGCAGUGCCCUGGCACACUACUACUACGCCAUAGAGAAAGAGUGGCACACCAAAGUGCAAGGGGUCUUUUUACCUGCCGCUGCGUUCUUGGCCUGGCUCACCUGCUUUGGCUGCUGCUACGGCAAAUAUGCCAGUCCUGACAUACCCAAGUUUGUCCUCAAGCUCUUCCAAGUGGUGCCGUCAGCCUUGGCUUACUGUCUAGACAUCAGCCCGGUGGUUCACCGCAUCUACAGCUGCUACCGGGACGGCUGCUCCGACCCAGUUGUGGCAUACCAUUUCUACCACGUGGUCUUUUUCCUAGUCAGCGCCUAUUUCUUCUGCUGCCCGCACCCAGAGAGCUUGUUCCCUGGGAAGUGUGACUUCAUCGGACAGGGCCACCAGAUCUUUCACGUGUUCGUGGUGGUGUGCACCCUGACGCAGAUCGAAGCGCUGCGAACAGACUUCACAGAGCGCCGCCCCCUCUACGAGGGCCUCCACGGCGAUCUCGCACACGACGCCGUGGCACUCUUCAUCUUCACUGCCUGCUGCAGUGCUCUCACCGCUUUUUAUGUACGCAAGCGUGUACGUGCCGCUCUCCACGAGAAGCAGGAGUAA